AUGUCAUGUCGAAUGUCAUCACGAAUUUGUGUACAUAAUAAUUUCAAUUAUAAAUUUUAUUUUUCUGUUUUACAAUAACUGUACUGUAAAAAUUAUUGUGCCGUUUGUGUAUUUGCGUUGUUUAUUAUUUCUUAAGUCGAUGUGUUUAUCCGUGUGUCAGGUUUUAACACAUGGACUUAGAUAACCAUGUCUUCUGAUAACGUCGGGCCAUGUCUACAAACUAUAACGAAUUCAGCCAAAUGCUUAUUAGCUUUCGAGGAGUGCACUACACUCGGGAAUUGUUUCAAAUCUUAUAUCGUGCACCUUCGUAUGUAGGAGUCGAAAUGUGUAAAUGAACUUUAGUGGGUUGAAGAAUAAUUAUUUGAAUACCCUCUUGAUUUUGGUGUUGAGAGGGUUUGGACUAAGACCUUCAAAAUGUUUAGUGAAUCGUAUAGGAAUCGUCUUCUGCAGACUUGUAGUCCUGUGAGCAGGAAACAGUCUGUGUCAGUUCAGCCCGAGUGUAUGGACAGAUUUGUGCCUUGCAGAUUAGGGAACAACUGGCAGACCAGCUAUCAAGCAAUACGCCGAGGCACAGAAAAUCAGCCAGCAAAGAAAGCCCGAGGGGACGGAACUAGUACAGACGGGACAGGUGGGGGGCGAGAUCACCUCGCGUACGCUUGCCUUCUCCGGAAUGAACUCUUGGGAGCCCAAAUAGAGGAACUAAGAGCCCCACCGACCAAUUGUGCCGAUGGAAACAGAGCUGCUAUUGGGGCAGUACAGCAGGCCUCGGCAGCUAAAGCGGCGCUGGCGUAUUCGCCUGCGGUCUUCAAGUUUAGAGCGCCGAAUUGUAAUGCUGAGGAGAACAUAGACCCGUCGCCAUACAGCCUGUCUCCCGUCUCCGCCAAAUCGCAGAAACUGCUCCGCUCCCCCCGCAAGGCCACCAGGAAAAUAUCCCGCAUCCCGUUCAAGGUUUUGGAUGCGCCUGAGUUGCAGGACGACUUCUACUUGAACCUGGUGGACUGGUCUGCCCAGAACGUGCUCAGUGUCGGUCUGGGGAGCUGCGUUUAUUUAUGGAGCGCUUGUACUAGUCAGGUGACCCGACUCUGUGACCUGUCUUCGGAAGGUAACACAGUCACAUCUGUGGCGUGGAGCGAGCGCGGCCACCACGUGGCUGUUGGCACGCAGAAAGGCCACAUCAGCGUGUGGGACGUCACAGUCAACAAAGAGGUGACGAAGCUCCAAGGUCACAUAGCGCGGGUGGGCGCUCUGGCCUGGAACGGCGAUAUACUAAGUUCCGGCUCGCGGGACAGACACAUACGUCAAAGGGAUACGAGAUGUCCGCCUCAGCAAUCGGGCCGCGUGUUACAAGGCCAUAGACAAGAGGUGUGCGGUCUUAAGUGGUCUCCGGAUGGCCAAUCCCUAGCUUCGGGUGGCAACGACAACAAACUCUUCGUCUGGUCUAUGCACUCGACGUCACCUGUACAAACUUACUCCGCUCACGUUGCCGCAGUAAAAGCGAUCGCGUGGUCUCCCCACCAACACGGAUUGCUAGCCUCGGGCGGAGGCACAGCGGACCGCUGCAUUCGCUUCUGGAACACUCUCACUUCGCAGCCGAUGCAAUGCGUAGACACAGGAUCGCAAGUGUGCAACUUGGCGUGGUCUAAACAUUCAAGUGAACUGGUUUCCACGCACGGAUAUUCGCAGAAUCAGAUCUUAGUUUGGAAGUAUCCCUCACUGACACAAGUGGCAAAACUAACAGGUCAUUCGUACAGAGUACUAUACCUGGCCCUCUCCCCCGAUGGCGAGGCGAUAGUGACGGGCGCCGGCGACGAAACGCUAAGGUUUUGGAACGUAUUCUCCAAAACACCGUCGCACAAAGAGAAUAAAAGCGUUCUCAACUUGUACACGGCGCUCAGAUAAACGUUAAAAGUGAAUCGUGAAACCUGCAAACGGCGUACAGAUAGACGUUACAAGUGAAUUGUGAAAGUUAGUGUGGAGACAGUGCUAAUCAUGGAAGUAUAGCUAGCUGAAAAAAAAACUCGCAAACGUUUCAGACGGGAAAAUUGACAUUGAAAUUCUUCCGUUAGCCUCAAUCUCUUCCUAGGGUAAAAAGAUAGAGGGAAAACAAAAGGUUCAGCCUCUUUCUUAUUGGCCAGUUUUGAGAUGGAUAGAAAAACGGUAUUUUUUAUUCUGAUAGUUAUAUUUUGAGUUGGUUUUGCCAGAUGGUUAUAUUUCCAUGGUGAUGAUAUAACUUGGUGUUAUUUCUAGUUAUUUAUUGGUUCCUUUAUACGUGCUCCCAUAAGAUUUAAGUUUAUUUAUGGUCUCAUAGUGGAAUGCGAUUUAUUAUUGAUAGAUUGUGAAGUGAUUUGAAUUUAUAAAUCAUGCAAUCGAUUUUUAUGUCUCAUAGUAAUUCUGAGAAGAUAGUUAUUUUUCCAUAGUUCCUCGGCCAAUCAAAUAAGAGUACGUGUUGUUAUUGGCUGAGCAGCUGUCAAAAUGAAUAACGUUAAAUUAACAUGUGGCUUAAUUUUCAUUUAUAUACGAGUUUUUUUUUGCAUAGCAGACUGAAUUUCCGUGGUUCAAUUCUUUAAUUGGAAAUUGGCCACUUAGUAGUGUAAACUGUACCAAUGCUAUGGUCAAAAAACACUAUUACCGAAUGCGAUUUUCGGUAAAAUCUAUUCCUACUCAAUGUAUGUAUUUUUAUAAUACAUGUACAUAUGUUUGUGUAUAGGUUUACGAUGUAUAUAAAAAAUAUUUAAUACAAAUUUGUUUGGCGUUUGGAAAGCACUUUAAUUUUGAUGUAUUUUCCAUUUUGAACGAAUUACUUUUCAGCCGUCAGACCAUGUUGUUUAGUUUAGUUUUUUUUUGUCAAUUAAUUAAUCUUUUUUUUCUGUUUCAGCAAUAUUAGUGUUAAUUAUCUCAGAUGAGAGAAAUAUAUUUGUUUUAUUUCUUUGUAACAAGUAAAUUAUUUUUCUCAAAUGUUUUAUAGUAACACAAGGCGGUUCCGGAUUUAUUUUGGUAGUUUUUUCUACCAUUCAUACAAUAUAUAGGUAAUUUAUAGGUAUACACGUUUUUGUUUGUCCUAUUUUCUUGCUUUUUAUUGAAUAGAAUAAGUUUUCUAAAAUUACGGUUUGAUGAUGCUUGCUUACUAAUACUUUGAGUGUGAAAUGGUUUUGGCUUGGUUUUGGUCUAUUAGUCAUUUAGUACAAUAAUCAUUUAAAGCAAGGAAAUCGGAGUUGUUUGAUCAUGUUUUGUUAUCCUAGAAUAUAUAAAUUAAUGUAUAUUAUGCAAGUAGAGCAGUAGUAGAGAAUACGUUAUCUAAAAUCUGAUCUGAUCUCUUUUCAACUACAAUAAAAAUGAAGACAAGCCAAAGAUUGAAAACGUAGUUUUCAUUUCUUUUAGUUGAUUUGAUUUGCAUUUAUUGAUAUUUAAGCAUAAAAUUGUAAGGAAAUGUCUGUCGUUAUUUUGUAUUUCCGUCUCGGUCUUGUGAUAGGUUUAGUAAGGGACAGCGAUAUAAAAUUGCUGACAGAUAUUUUAAGAGCGAAGCAUCUGUACUCAGAUAUAACUCAGGUGUAACAUAUAAACAAAGUUUUGACUUUUUUUUCUUAAAGUAUACAUCAAAAGAUAAAUUGUAUAUGUUUGUAUAAAAUACUUUGCAAAAAAAAAUGGUAUAUUUUGAACACUAAUUAACUAAGUGACCGAAAACAAACGACUUAGUUAUUUACUGGGCAAAAGAUACAUCUCAGUCUGUAUAGAUAGAGUAUUUGGCAUAUUCUAUGGACUUUAAAUUUGAUUGUUAUAUGAUUUAAUUUAUAACUUGCUUCCCUUGUACAUUUUCAUGUGUUAGUUCAAUUAUUACAAUGGCAGCUCUACUUUAGGACUAUCUUAAUUAAUACAAGUAAAAUAUUUAUGAGGUAUAUCUUGAACAUAUUUUGAUAAAGUUGAUUAACUCUGUGUGCAAUGUAGUCUUAGUUAUUACUUUAAUUUAUGUUUGACUGAUUUGUUUAACAAUAUUCGUUUCGGCUAACCUCCUAAAGUAUUAAAUAAAUAAAAUUAUGCUUAUAAAUGUAAAAUAAUAACAGAUAACUAUAAGUUUCCAAUUAUUCGCACUGCAAAUUUAUUAGCAAAUAGUUUGUCAUUGUUAAAUUUGAAAAAGUGGAUGAUGGAAAGGCGCAUUUUAAUAGAGAGUUUUGAGAAAAACUAGUCACAGCGUUCAUUUUUGCGCUCGUAAUUUGAUUGGUCAAGAGAUAUCGACCAAUCAGCUUACGCAAUUCCGUUUCACUGAAACACACUAUAUAAGCGCAAUAGUUUGUAAUAGUUAGUUUUGUUUCUCCAGCUGUAUAUAAGCAACGAGUAUAUUAGCCUAAUUAAUUUGUCGUCAGAUACUACGAAUAUUCAUAAAUGAAGCCGUGUUAAAUCAGUUUAGUUUACGUUUAGGAAAUACAAUAAGUUACACACACACACACACACACACAUAAAUGUCACCAUAUAUUUUAGAAAUUGUCUGGUGGUAGUCUAUAAUCUACUCGUCAUGUCUUAAAUAAUAUUUUCGAAUUCCCUUUAAAUUUUUAUUUUACUUAAGCUACUUCAAUCAAAUUAAUUAUCAAUCAUAUAAAAAUAAAGGUUUCCGUUAUUCAAUUACAGCAAAAACUGGUAAUUUCGACAAAGUCAGUACAAUACUUUUCAUUAGUCAGUCUAUUUAUGUGUAUCUAUGUCUUUCAACUUAAUCCAGGCUAUAUUAAAUGUCUUUGAGACAAGGGGUCAUAAAAAUAUUUAGGUAUAUUUAAAAUUAAGAAACAAAAAUCUAUGUAAACAUAGGAGGCAUCGUGAAUUAUUAUGCAUAAACAUUAUUGUAAAAGGGUCAUUUGCUUUUUACUGGUUUCUUUAAUUUAACCAUGUAAUUUCUUACGGGAAUUGCUUCAGUGUAAUGUCAAAAUGUUCCAAGAUUUGGUAUGGCCUUGUUGGAAAUAUUCUAAUAAUUAUUUCAGAGUUUGUUCGAUUAAGGCGCAUUAUUGGACAUUGUAAUUUGAAAUAGUUCUUAUCGGAAUUGGUGAAAUUCAUUUUUUAUUAAAUUAUUGAUAAAAUUAACAUUCUUCGUUGUAAGCAUUUAGAAAUUAUAAUUGUGCAAAAUAAUUAUAAUAAUACAAAAUUUUAUACAAUACUUUUCUCUAGGGUAAUGCUGUUCUUAGGCUUAAAUUCUUCUGUUUCCAUUUACAAUUGACUAACGCAACUGACCCUUAAAUAGCAUAAACUAAUAGGUAUAGAAUAUUUAUUAAAAAAUAAAAAGAGAUAUAAUAUAUUAAAAUGCACUUUUGUUAAUAUACUGAUAGUGUGCUGUAAAAUCGAUGUUAUAAUGAAUAACCAAACUUAGUUCAAGUAAUAGCUCACAAAAAUCUAGUUAGAUAAAACUAAGAUCCAAAUGCUUUAUUUAUUUUAUCUGGCAACACUGGAAAUACUGAGUUGUUAUUUGUACGAUGUAUGGUGUACUUUAAGGUUAAAUUAAAAUUGUGUGAUGUAAUUA